CUGCCCUGCACCGCAGCGAGAGCACCGCAGACCUUGCUCCCCGCCGAAUAGCCGACAGCUGCGAACUUUUUUUGUGUUGCGCCGCUGCCGUCAUCGCCAGCCGCCAUGCCCAAGGAACACAAGAAACGCGGCCGCCGCGAGGAGCAGAAGAAGCGCAAGAGGGACGUCGACGACGAUGCGAGCGCAAAGCGGUUCAAAAAAGAAGACAUCGACCAGCUCGAAGCUGAAAACCCUGCGCAACAUGUCGCCGAACAAGACGUCGCCCGCCCGGAUGCGACGCCCUUCUAUGGAAUGCUCGACGAGCAGGAGCAGGAAUAUUUCAAGAAGGCUGACGAGAUGCUCGAGCUGAACCAAUUCGAGACCUCGGAAGACCGCGACAUUUUCCUCGCCAGCGUCUGGAGGGAGGCCGACGGAAAGGAACUGAAGAUGGCGAACAGCCAGACGUCGCGCCUGCUCGAGCGCCUCAUUCUUCUCUCCUCGCCAGACCAGCUCAAGGGCCUGUUCCAGAAGUUCAGUGGCCACUUCCUCAACCUCGUCCAGAACCGAUUUGCCUCCCACUGCUGCGAAGCCCUCUUUAUACAAGCUGCGCCUGUCGUCACCCAGGAGACUGCCACCAAACCCGAGAAACCUCAAACGCCGCCGUCUUCUGACCCCGAUCAAGUCCUCGUUUCCAUGGAGAAUCUGUUCCUAUACACGCUGGGCGAGCUGGAAGGUUACAUGGGCUUCCUGAUGACGGACAAAUAUGCGUCGCAUGUACUGCGCGUGCUGUUAGUCAUCUUGUCGGGCGCUCCGCUAGAAAAACAGAACAAAUCGGCCAUGCAGAGCAAGAAGAAGGAAAAGGUCACCGUCUCAGGCGCAGAGAAAGAGCAGGAACGUUUGUUGGAAGAGAGAGCCGUCCCUGAAAGCUUCUCGGAAGCUCUGGAGAAGGUCAUUACCGAGAGUGUCUCCGGUAUCGAGUCGCAUUACCUCCGCACUCUUACCACACACCCACUCGGUAGUCCCACCCUACAACUGUUGCUCAAGCUGGAACUUUCCCACUUUGGCAAGUCGCGGGCCAAGGAUGAAAAGUCCAUCAUCCACCGACUCCUGCCCGACAAUCCUAUCGCCGAGGGAACGGAAAGUGCCAUCUUGAUCAAUGGGCUCGUGUACGACACUAUCGGUUCCCGACUACUGGAAGUCAUCAUCGAGAAUGCGCCCGGAAAGGUCUUCAAGGCCAUCUACGGAGAAUUCUUCAAGGAGCGAAUGGGUACGCUAGCACGCAAUGAGAUUGCGGCCUACGUGGUUGGGAAGAUCUUGGAACGACUUGGAAAGGACGACCUAGAAGAGGCUAUGCGCCAGAUCGUGGAUCAAAUUCCCAGUCUGGUAGAACGCGGUCGGACAGGAGUCAUCAAGACCCUCAUCGAGCGAUGCGUGGCUCGAGAGAUUGACUGCUCGCCUAUCAAAGCCCAGCUCGAGACUGCAUAUGCUGGCUCCAAUGGCUUUGAAGUCACACGUAUUCUCAAGCUCAGUGAGGAGGAUGGCAAGCCCCGUGCUAAACACGAGCAUUCGCCGGAAAAGGUACACGGUUCGCUGUUGGCACAAACCAUGAUGACGGUGGAUGGACCUCUUGGCCAGCUUGUUUUUGAUUCUCUCGCCAAUCUUUCUCCUGAACUCGCCGUUCAGCUUGCCCGGGACUCUACAGCAUCGCGGACGCUGCAAGCAGCUUUGAUGUCCAAGAAUGCGUCCGUCAUCUUCCGACGAAAGAUGAUACAACAGUUCUAUGGAAAGAUUGGUGAGCUUGCACUCGACCCUGCCGCGUCUCACGUCAUCGACGCCAUAUGGCACGGUACAGCUGGCCUUGCCUUUAUCCGCGAGCGCAUUGCUGAAGAGCUAGCCGAGAAUGAGAACUCGCUACGCGAAUCCUUCGUAGGUCGCGCAGUCUGGCGAAACUGGCGCAUGGAUCUAUACAAACGCAAACGCGGGGACUGGGUCACACAAUCGCGUUACACAGCCGGUAACGAUGGUUUCCAAAGCUUCCCAGAAUCAAAUGGCGAUGCGACACCACCACAAAACCAUCGACAGGGAAGACACUUGACCGCCAUCGAAUUGGCACGGCAAAAGCACGCAGCUGCCAAGGCCGCGCAAGCGAAGGAUGGCAAGAAGCCGAAGAAGGGGAGCCAAACAACAAGCAGCAGCGGAAGCAGCAAGGCAAAGAGUCUUGCGGCGCAAUAACAGUCUCAUCAAGUUUCCGUACAAGGAUUUUCUAUGUUUAGCACGGUUCCUGAACAUAUGGGCAUGUAAAAACGGCGUUUUUCAAGCAGGGUGGGUCCUGAACACAAUCGAUGACUCCAUGUUCGUCAUUAUUCCAAGUCGGCGAUAACG